AUGUCGCUCACCACUGAUAACAACGCUCGUGAUAUGCGUGCCAAAGAAAGGGCAUCAAUAAAACGUGAUACGAUCGUCGCAGAAAUUCGGUCUAUUUAUCAAUUAGCACAGAAGGCUGCGGAAGAUGGUAAUUUAUAUUCUCAAUUAGUAAUCGCCACUAAUGAUCUGGAUUUGUUAUGGGCGAACUUUGUUGCCGAAGAUGAUGCGUUCUUAAAUUCAUUAUUGGAUUUGGGUUUAAGUGAUCAAUAUUCCGGUGCACUUAAGGUGGAAGUUCGUGGGUUCAUAUCUUUUUCCAAAUCUAUAUUACGGAAUUAUGAAUCGCAACCAGGCUCCGUAGGAGCAGAGUCCGUGUUAAAUCAGAGUAUCAGGUCCGAACCAGCAUCCCAGGGGUGUGGAAACGCAGAUCAAUCGCAACCUGAGCGUGUCGUCAAUACGUCACAUAUAGAUCCGACGGAUUGUGGGAACUCACCAACAUCAGACUCUGCUUAUGUACGUUUGCCUGAGAUCCCUCUACCUGUGUUUGACGGAAAUAUUUAUAAAUGGCCGGCCUUUCGUGAUCAUUUUAUCGAUAUGGUAGAUAAGAAACCUCGCACCACUGAUAGCGCCAAAUUAUAUUAUUUACGUGGUUGUUUGAAAGGGGACGCUGCCGAUGCAGUACGCGGGAUUCCCGUUUCUGCCAGCGCGUAUAAGCUUACCUGGGCCACCUUGGAGUCACGGUAUGAUAAGCCUCGCAUGUUGGCUAGCGCUGUUGUUGAAAAAAUUCUAGCUGCACCCGAGUCAUCCGAAAAAUCGCUGGCAAGUCUCACGAAAUUUAUCACCACCUUUGACGAGGGCGUGUCGGUACUGAGGUCAUUGAAUAUUCCCGACAUGGGAGACUUUAUAUUGUUUUCAAUCGCUUCCCGUUGCCUACCACUGUCUUGCCGAACGCUUUUUGAAACCAAUUGUCAUGAAGAUUAUCCCACAGUUUCAUCCUUAUUCACAUUUCUAAAGGCUCGCGUAGCAGUAUUAGAACGUGUUGGACACUCAGCAUCUCUCGGACCAGCCACUAAGCACGUGCAAAAGAAUGCUUCGCACAGAUCUCAAAAACCUGGUGGCAUAUCAUCCUUUGUGACCUCGGGGACUCCGCCGUCCGUAUGUAAAUGUUGUAGUGGUGCACAUGCUGUUUCCGCGUGUUCAAAGUUUAAGGGUUGGCCUCUUCAGCAACGGGUCCAAUGGGUCCGUGAUCAGCGCAUCUGUUUCUUGUGUUUGAGUGAUAAGCACUGGUCGAACCGUUGCUCGUCCAAGGUAAAGUGUUCGAAAUGUUCCCGUAAGCACCACGUUUUAAUUCACGAAGAUCAGCCGCCACCCCAAGGGAAGGAUCCCGCGGGCUCGAAGAACGAAUUCGACUCGACUGCGGCCACCUCAAUGUGCGGUCUCUCCGAAUCGCGUUCGAUAUUGCUCGGUACAGCAUUAGUACAUAUCCGCGAUUCCUCUGGUGUCCUACAUACAGUUCGCGCGUUGAUUGACUCUGCAUCGCAGAUCAGCGCUAUUACUACGGGCUGUGUGGCGCGUCUUGGUCUCCGAAAAACCCCUUGGACGGCCCCUGUAACUGGACUAUCUGGUGCGCCUGUUGCAAGCACUGAAGGGAUCGUCAAUUGUCAAGUCCAACCCCGGUUCGCGGACGAGCCGAUCAUUUCGGUGAAGGCUUGGGUGUUCCCAACUAUCACGUCUGACAUGCCUCGUCAAUCCCUACCGGAAAUCGUGGCCCAGAAAUUCACACAUUUGGCUUUAGCCGAUCCAUCGUUCGCUACACCAUCACCAAUAGAUUUACUGUUGGGUGCUGAUAUUUUUUCUUCUGCGUUGAACGGCAAGCGUGUUGAGGUGGGAAACGUUUAUCCAGUGGCAUUUGGCUCGAUCUUCGGGUGGAUUUUGAUUGGACCAGUUCCCUCAAAUGCCAUGUCAGCUUUUCAUGCCAUUCCUGUCUCGUUGACAACUUCGAUAGAAUCCUUGAUGGAUCGUUUCUGGCAUGUGGAAGAGCCGAAUGCAGCUCCGGAAACAUUUACUGUUGACGGUAAAUGUGAGGCCAUUUUUCGAAACGAGUGCUCUCGUGAUCCCGAAGGCCGUUUCACGGUUCCAUUACCAUUCCGUGAAAAGGUGACCUCCGACGCAUUUCAUGGGUCUCGUGCUAUAGCUCUGAAGCGUUUCGAGAAUUUAGAGCGCAAGCUCCACGCCGAUCCUCGACUCCGCGACAUGUAUGUACAAUUUAUGUCCGAGUACAUCAGCCUAGGCCAUAUGACUGUUGCGGCUGCUCCCGGACGUUAUUUCAUCCCACAUCAUGCCGUAUACCGAGCAUCGGUCCCUAGUUCGAAAAUUCGCGUCGUUUUUGACGCUUCGGCAGCAUCGUCCACUGGCACUUCCUUGAAUAAUUGUCUGCUUACAGGUCCCAAGUUGCAGCAAGAUGUAGUUGAUAUUCUAUUACUGUUCCGUUUGUCUCGUUAUGCAUUUACCACUGACGUGUGCAAGAUGUAUCGACAGAUCCUGGUCAAUCCCGAGUACAGACCAUUCCAGCAUAUUUUUUGGCGGGACUCGCCAUUCGCUGAACUCAAAGAAUACGAGCUGAACACCGUCACCUACGGUGUCAAUUGUGCUCCAUAUCUUGCUAUGCGGGUUAUCAAAUCAGUCGCUGAACAGGAUUGUAAAGAUUGUCCGGCUGUGCAGUAUGCACUGCUUAAACAGACCUAUGUUGACGAUAUAUGCACUGGUGCCGACUCGGAGAAAGAAGUUUUAGAAUUGCAAUCAUCUAUUAUUUCCAUAAUGGCUGGUGCUGGUUUUGAAUUAAAAAAAUGGUCGAGCAAUAACAGAGAGGUUUUGGAUUGUGUUGCCCCAGAAGAUCGUGCCACUGGAUCGACAUCAUUCGACGGUAACGAUGUAUCCGGAGUAAAGGUCUUAGGGCUUCAGUGGGACCACCGUGAGGACAAUUUCAAUUAUGCAUUUCAACUUGAAUCAGUCGUUCAAACAAAACGCGGGAUGCUCUCUCUGAUCGCCCAGAUUUUUGACCCACUUGGAUUCCUUGCCCCGACGAUAUUUGCUGCGAAACACCUUAUGCAAAGGGUAUGGUCGUCCCACGUGUCAUGGGAUGAAACCUUGCCGGACGAUCUGGCUGAGCUAUGGCGGAAUUUUGUGGCAGACCUGCACAUCCUAUCAGAUUUAAAGGUACCUCGCUUCAUAGGUACGCGCCUACGUAGUCGAUGUAUUCUAUGCGGAUUUUGUGAUGCCUCGGAAAGAGGAUACGCGGCAGUGGUUUACAUCCGACUGGAGGACACCAAUGAUCAGAGAUCAGUAGUAUUGCUAGGUUCCAAGACUAAGUUGGCUCCCAUGAAACCAAUGACUAUUCCUCGACUGGAGUUAUGUGCCGCUGUGUUGUUGUCAAAAUGGCUACAUCGUAUCCAGCUCACGCUCAGUGUUCGUCUUAAUAUUACACACAUAUUUGCAUGGUCUGAUUCAUCCAUCGUUCUAAGCUGGUUGACGGCACCCCAUCAGUCUUUCAAAAUUUUUGUAUCCAAUAGAGUGCAUAAAAUUCAGUCGCUGUUGCCCACGUCUCGGUGGCACCAUAUUGGAUCGUCUGACAAUCCAGCAGAUUGCGCUUCUCGCGGACUCACUCCAUCAGAACUACUUAAUCAUCAACUGUAUUGGGAAGGACCACGAUGUUUGCACUCUCCAAUAGAAACCUGGUCUACUGACUUUCAGGCAGUCCCCGCAGAUCAACUACCCGAACUAAGGGUUACCCAAACAGUCCUCACCACAAUUGAACCAGAGAGUGAAUGGUUCAGUAGAUUUUCGUCCUAUACUCAAAUGAUACGUGUUGUGGCUCGAGUAAAAAGAUUCUUAUAUUGUUGUCGUCACGGCCGACCAUUAGUUCAAAAUUCUUGGCUUUCUCGCAGCGAUCUAGAUGCUGCUAUUGUUACAAUUACGCGCUCGGCUCAGCAAUUUGCAUUCCCUGCCCUUCAUCGAGAACUGUCGGUGAACUCGGAGGUGUCCAACAGUGCCCUUGCUCGCUUAAGACCAUUUAUAAAUGAAAAGGGGCUAAUCUGCGUAGGAGGUCGCCUACGUUACUCAGAUUUGCCAGAAGCACAGAAAUUCCCAAUGUUGUUGCCGAAGUCGUCGCACCUGUCCAUGUUGAUAGUUCGCCAUUGGCACCAAGUCACGUUCCAUAGUGGGCCCCGCGUGUUAACAAGUAUCAUUGCCAGAGAAUUUUGGAUCUUGUCAUUGCGUUCCCUUAUUCGGUCAGUUAUCAGUAAAUGUACAAGAUGUGUCCGUAUAGCAGCAGUUCAUCCUCAGCCAGUGAUGGCUGAUCUCCCUCGAUCACGAGUGUCCGAGUGUCGUCCGUUUUCCCGGGUUGGCAUUGACUUUGCAGGCCCACUUAAGAUGACAGAAAACCGCCUGCGCAAGUCCCGGGAAUACAAGGUCUACAUCGCCGUCUUUGUGUGUUUCGUCGUCAAAGCGGUUCAUCUAGAAGUGGUAUCAGACCUGUCAACCAAGGCGUUUCUAGCGGCUUUAGAUCGAUUCGUCGCACGACGUGGCAUUCCCACCGACAUAUACACAGAUUGCGGAACCAAUUUCGUUGGCGCUGCUCGCCAACUUAAUGACUUGAUCAAUGAUGUUGCUAAUCGUGAUCACAUCUCCGCCUCUGUUCGAACUACAUGGCAUUUCAACCCACCUAGUGCGCCGCACUUCGGGGGAUUAUGGGAGGCUGCCGUGCGUUCAACGAAAUCCUUGAUGGUGAAAGUGAUGGGGGAGCACACCUUCACUCUAGAAGAGUUUACCACAAUAAUCUGUCGGAUUGAAGCUAUUUUAAAUUCCCGGCCGUUGACACCGACUUCUACCGACCCUUCAGAUUUAGAUUGCUUGACUCCGGGUCAUUUUUUGAUUGGGCAACCCCUGUUGACAAUUCCCACGAGUGAAGACAACGGGUCCAUAUGUCGACUAUCUAUUGCUAAUCGCUGGAAACUCUUACACCAGUGUGUUCAGGCCUUUUGGAAACGGUGGCGAGACGAAUACCUGCAGACGCUGCAAUGCCGUCAUCGAUGGUCUUCGGACGCACCCUCUUUAGCAUUAGGCGACAUGGUGGUCAUUAAAGAUGCCAAUUCUCCACCACUGACGUGGCGCCUUGGGCGUGUCAUCGAACUUAUGCCAGGCUCGGAUGGUGUAGUUCGAGUGGUCCGCGUCAGCACACAACAGGGAUCCAUGGUUCGCCCUGUCGUAAAGUUAGUUUUGUUACCAGCCACUCAGUGA